GGGAAUUGGCGGUUGGUAGACCUGAAACUUCAAAAAAAAACUAAAUUUAAGUAAACGUCAACGGUAAACGACAUCGAACGUGUGUUUUGUAAAGCCGCUUUGUUUGGUUGGGAUUGUUAGUGAUUUCUUCGUAGUUUUGCUAAAAGUACUGGAUUAAUUGGUUUUUAAAUAUCGUGAAAAUGAACCGAGAGGAAUUGCAAAAGAAUAUAUUCUACUCCGAUAAAUAUUACGACGAUGAGUACGAAUACAGGCACGUCGUACUACCGAGGGAAAUGACAAAAUUAGUACCCAAAACACAUUUAAUGUCCGAAGAAGAGUGGCGAAGCAUUGGUGUCCAGCAAAGUAGAGGAUGGAUUCAUUAUAUGAUACAUGCACCAGAACCUCACAUACUGCUUUUCAAGAGGCCUAUUACAUCUCCACCGCAGUAGAACUAUAUUUCAGAAAUACUUGUACAUAAAAUCUAAUCUUUAGUUUUUAGAAAUGUUAACAAGGCAUCUUCAUUUAUCGAAAUUGGAACAUCUAAAUGUUGAAUCGUUUGUCAUUAGGUUUUAUUUUGUGUGAUAGAUAUUGUGCUUUGUUUUUUUUUAUUUUCGGAGAAAUAGUUUUUAAAAUUCCUUUCGAUAUAAUACCUCGAUUAUAGCUCUAACAUGUACAUAAAUUUAGUUUUAUAUUUUCAGUGAAUAUCUACAGGACUUUCAAAUGGUUAAACAAAUUAGACUAUUGAAUAGUAUUUGAUUGAAUUUCUAGAGAAAUUUAUUGAAAUUAUAAUCGUGUUUUGUACUAGCUUUUAUUGAUCAACCUUUUUUUUUUAAUUUUUUGUGUAUGUAUUUUGAAUCUCAUUCAUGUGAAGAUGUCUUUGAUUUCGCAUCAAAAUAAAAGGCUGUAAUGAAAGUAGACAAAUUAAUUUGAUCUGCACUUAGCUUUCGAUUUCUAAUGUUUACAUUUA